AUGGUGGCGGGGGGUUUGGGUGACAGCGGCGUCUGUCUGGGUCUCCUGGUCCUGAAGCAGCAGCAGCAGCAGCAGCGUCGGCUCGUCCUACUCCCGGGGCGGACAGGAGGAGGAGGAGGCUGGGGAGGCGAUGCCAGGCUGCAUCCUCUCAGGCAAGGGGGCCGGUCACUGCAUCUCCAGCGAAACGCGAUGCCCCGUGCCAAGUCCCACCGGCGGGCCCAGGCCCAGAAGCGGAGGAUGGCACAGCCGCAGCCAUGGACCCCCCAGCCGCCUGUCCCCGAGUUCGUUGCUCGGCGCGGUACAGGGUACCGCCAUCGCGUGCGGAGAUGGCCGACUUCGAAGCUGACCCAGCGGAGCUUCAAGUUGGUCACUCCUGCCCAGAAGCCGGACCAGAAGAUGGUGUUCGUCGUGGGAGACUCCCACCUGCGGGCCAUGGUGGAUGGGAUCGUCGCGAUGCCGGAGGUACCUCUGUGUUUUUCUUUUCUCUCUGUUCCAGGUGCGCAUGCAGCAGAGCUGAGGAAGGAGGUGUCCCACGCCGCUCUCCCCUGGACCCCGGACGUGGUGUGUGUGCUCGCCCCGAGCAACAACCUGACAGCCAGCAGGAACAUCGGAGAGGCGUCGCUGGACUUCGGUGCUCUCCUGGCUACAGUUUGCAACCGCUGGGCGAAGGUGUUCGUGCUGGAUUUCCCUCCACGCCUGAACAUCGAGCCUGGCCUGCAGGAGCUGUUCCGCCAGGAGUUCCGCCGUGUCGCAGCACGCAUGGGUCUCCCGUACGUGUCUGUGGCAGAGCACCUC